GAUCUGUCUCUCCAGCAGUUCGGCUUUGGCUCAAUACAGUCAAAAACAGAUUCACAGUUGACAGCGACAAGAUGGCUGGAGUUUGUUUACUGGCUUUCAUUGCUGGUUUGCUACUGGAGGCGUACGGGCUGCCGGCAGACAUCCCAGAGGCAGAAACAGGGGCUGUAUUUGUGUCUCAACAGGCGGCGAACAAAGUGCUGAUUCGUCAGCGCAGGUACAACAGCGGCCACCUUGAAGAAGUACUCUACAAAGCCAACCUGGAGCGGGAGUGUAGAGAGGAAGUCUGCACGAUGGAAGAGGCCAGGGAGGUGUUUGAGGAUGAUGAGAAAACUAUGGAGUUCUGGGCCACCUACUUCGAUGGCGACCAGUGUAAGCCACAGCCCUGCCAAAAUGGAGCAGUGUGUGAAGACGGGAUCAGGACAUACACCUGCUGGUGCAAACCAAACUUUGGCGGCAAGAACUGUGAGAUCGAGGUGUCCAAGCAAUGUUCGGUCAACAACGGUGGGUGUUCCCAUUUCUGUGUGAUGCAGGCGGACCUGCCUGUGUGUCGCUGUGCAGCUGGUUACCAUCUUGGGCCGGACAAGAGAACCUGUGAACCGACAGAACAUUUCAGCUGUGGUCGUGUGAACUUGUCCUCCAACGCCAUCACCAGAAGGAUCGCCGACCCUCUGUUAUCCACACACAACUCUGAAAGAAACUGGACUUCCAGCGGGACCCUGCAGGACGACUACUCUGACAUCAAUACGACACGGCUACUUGAUUACUAUGAUUUUGAUUUAGAACUGUUCAACGCCUCUAAGGUCGACACAAGGUCUGAGAGGUUGGCUUCAAGCUCCUCUGUAAAUCCAGCCGAGGCUGUCCUGAGCAGUGGGGAGGCAAGUAGUGCCACUGAAGCGCCCUCAGACACAGAGAAGUUGCCGUCCUGGGCUUUCUUUCCCACACUCCCCACCAUCACUGCAGAGCACAACACUGACCAGAGGAUUGUGGGAGGUGACGAGGCCAUUCCUGGAGAGAUACCUUGGCAGGUGGCCCUCAUGUCUCACUCAGCCACCCUUCAAAGAGCAGAGCCUUUCUGUGGAGGAUCUCUGCUCAGUGAAAUAUGGGUCAUCACCGCUGCCCACUGCCUGAAGCAGGCCGACAUCGAUAAACGAAGUUUUUUCGUCAGAGUGGGUGAGCAUGAUGUGAACAAGGCUGAUGGUCGAGAGCGAGACCACAUCGUGGCAGAGCAGCAUAUCCACUUCAUGUACAAUUACACAAAGUCACCCUAUAACCAUGAUAUUGCGCUACUGAAGCUCGCCAGUCCAGUGGAGCUCUCCAUCCAACGACGUCCCAUCUGCCUGGGUCCCAAAGACUUCACAGAGAACCUGUUGAGGGAGUCCAGCAGUUCUCUGGUGAGUGGCUGGGGACGGUUAAAAUUCCUGGGCCGUGAGGCCACCAAACUUCAGAAGCUGGAGGUCCCCUAUGUGGAACGCACCCAGUGCAAACAGAGCAGCCGGGACCACAUCACUCGCUUCAUGUUCUGCGCUGGUUUCCAAAGUGAACUCAAGGACUCAUGUCAGGGGGACAGUGGGGGGCCACAUGCCACCAAGUACAAAGGCACUUGGUUCCUGACAGGCAUCGUCAGCUGGGGGGAGGAGUGCGCCAAGGACGGGAAGUACGGCAUCUACACUCGUGUGUCACAGUACUACCCAUGGAUCAGUCAGAAAACAGGGAUACAAAUUAACUGAGAGACAAAUGGGAGUCUUGUGCAGAAAAAACGCAGCUGUCAGCCAACAAAACAGUCUCAUUCGUCUAGUUUAGUCACUGAGGAAGCUUGUCUUUGAGAAGUCAAUCAUGUUCAUUUUGGUUCUCCAAUAAAAUGUAAUUAAAAUAUCA